GACUAUGUCAUUGGUGGGAUUUUCCCCCUUCAUUUUAAUCUGAAAAUGCCAGACCUUAACAGCACCUACAGACCACCACCAAUAAAUUGCAAUGGCCACAGACUUUAUCCCAGAGCUUUCCGGUGGGCUCAGACUAUGAGACUGGCAGUGGAGGAGAUAAACCAAAAUCCAGUGCUGUUGCCGAAUCACACUCUGGGCUACAAAAUCUUCGAUUCAUGUGGAUAUCCACUGACAGGACAGAGAGCUGUUUUAUCGAUGCUGAAUGGGGUGAAUGAGGAAAACUCUUCUAUGUGCACAAAUGCCUCGUCACCUCUCGCUGUGAUUGGGGCUUCUGGAUCUGCUCAGUCUAUUGUUUUGUCAAGAAUCCUGCAGCCAUUCAGGAUCCCCAUGAUCAGCUACUUUUCUUCAUGUGCAUGUUUGUCAGACAGACAAAAACAUCCAACCUUCUUCAGAGUAAUUCCUAGUGAUGACUACCAGGUGAAAGCCAUUGCACGGCUACUGGUGCACUUCAACUGGACUUGGGUGGGGCUCCUGCGAGGAGGCCAUGAUUAUGGCCGCUUUGCUGCAAAAGGUUUACUGAGAGAAUUACAGGAAACCAAAGUAUGUGUAGCGUACCAAGAAAUUAUUCCUCUGCUCUACAAUCGUCAGACUGGACUAAGGAUAAUAAAGGUGAUGCGUAGCUCUACUGCAAAAGUGGUGGUGGUAUUUGCAGGCCAAGGAGAGAUGACACCUUUCUUGAGAGACUACAUGACUCAGAACAUCAGUGAAAUCCAGUGGGUGGCUAGUGAAGCCUUGGUCACAGCAUCAGUCUUUUCAGGGAGAGAGUACUACCCUUACUUGGGAGGAACCAUUGGGUUUGGCAUCAGAAAAGGUCAUAUCUCCAGACUGGGUGACUUCCUGCAGACAGUAAACCCUAAGAGAUAUCCUGACAAUGUCCUGGUGCAUGAGCUGUGGGAGUCUCUGUAUGGUUGCAGUCCUUUUCCAUCGUCUGUCACCCAGAUGCCGCCCUGCUCAGGGCAGGAGUCUCUGCUGGAACAGCACUCAGCCUACAUGAAUACAUCCAGCCCUAGAGUUGCCUAUAAUGUCUACAAGGCUGUAUAUGCUAUUGCCCAUUCCCUGCACAACCUUCUUCUCUGUCAGCCGGGGAGGGGGCCUUUCCAGAACAACUCAUGUGCUCAGAGCAACAACAUACACCCUUGGCAGCUGCAACACUACCUCCAGGAAGUGAAAUUUCAGAUUACUGGGGAGGAGGUGGAUUUUGAUGCCAAGGGUGACUCAGUACCCUAUUAUGAUAUUAUCAACUGGCAGAGAGGCCCAGAAGGAAACAUUGAAUUUGUCAACGUGGGUUUGUUUGAUGGAACCAAGGCUGUUGGAGAGGAGCUGUUGAUCCAGGAGGACGGGAUAAUGUGGGUGCCAGUGUCUGUGUGCAGUGCCAGUUGUCUUCCAGGCUCCCGGAAGGCUGUCCGUCGUGGGGAGCCUAUCUGCUGCUUUGACUGUGUACCAUGUGACAGUGGCAAAAUUAGCAAUCAGACAAAUUCAGUAGAUUGUACAAUUUGUCCUGAGGACUUCUGGUCAAACAAUGACAGAACAGCCUGCAUCUCCAAGAAAGUGGAGUACUUAACCUUCGAUUCAUUGGGAAUAGCCCUGACAGUGAUAUCUGUGGUGGGCGCCUGCUUCACUCUGGCUGUCUGUGGAGUCUUCUUCUGUCACAGACACACAGCCAUCGUCCGUGUGAAUAACUCUGAGCUCAGUUUCUUCAUACUGUUUGCACUGACUCUGUGUUUCCUGUGUUCUCUGCUUUUCAUUGGAAAGCCAACAUAUUGGUCCUGUAUGCUGCGCCACACUGCGUUUAGCAUCACAUUUUCACUGUGUAUUUCCUGCAUCCUGGGGAAGACCCUGGUGGUACUGGCUGCAUUCACUGCCACCAGGCCAGGGCACAACAUCAUGAAGUGGCUGGGGCCUAAGCAGCAGAGGACCAUCAUCUCCAGCUGCACUCUGGUUCAGGUGGUUAUCUGUGCUGCCUGGCUCAUUGAUGUCCCCCCAUUUCCAUCCAGAAAUACACAAUAUGAACAUUCAAAGAUCAUACUGGAGUGUAGUGUGGGCUCUAGCCUGGCAUUCUGGUGUGUUCUUGGAUAUAUUGGUCUACAGGCCUGUCUGUGCUUUGUAUUGGCUUUUCUGGCCCGAAAGUUGCCGGGGAACUUCAACGAGGCCAAGUUCAUCACAUUCAGCAUGCUGAUCUUCUGUGCUGUGUGGCUAGCAUUCAUCCCUGCUUAUAUCAGCUCCCCUGGAAAUUAUGCAGAUGCAGUUGAGUCAUUUGCCAUCUUGGCCUCCAGCUUUGGCUUAUUGUUCUGCCUGUUUGCUCCAAAGAGUUACAUUAUUUUACUGAAGCCUGAAAAGAAUACAAAACAGCACCUGAUGGGGAAAGAAAAGAAAUGAUGAAUCACAAAAUAACAAAGUUAUUGAGUCAGUAAGAAGUGGACUCUUACAGUGACUUAUUGAUUACUAACCAUUCUAAAAACAUUAAUUAAUAAUUAUUCAACGUUGCUUUGAUUUUGAUAUUUCUUUACAGAUAUUGAUUCUAGUAUUCAAAAAUGACUGUUAUAACCCCAGUGCUUGCUUGGUGUAUCUGUGUGGGUAUGUCUGUGAUGACUCUCAACCUCCUGCACACAGGAGUCUUAAGUUGGUCAUCAGUGCAAUAAAAGGAGAGUGAAAUACCUUGCUCUGCCCUUUUUGUGAGCUGAGGUGCUGCAGCUUUGUGAGACCUUGAUGGUGUUCAUACUCCUUUCUGUUGAAAGGAGGGUGUUUGCUGUGGCGUUUUCCCUCCUUGGUUGUGUGUAUGUUUUUUUCCCCUGGGGUUUUCUUGUGCAUUAACCUGGUUCUUUGUUUGGCUAUUUUUUUAGAGACCAGCACUUCAGGUUUUAACUUCUUUGAACUUGAAUCUAAUUUUAAAUAAAUAAAGUAACAUCUUGUGUUUUGAUGUC